UGACCGUCGUUCUCCGUCCUCCUCUGGGUACCAACUCUAUUGCGCAGCUCGCUGCCGUGCGUUUAACCCAGGCGAGGAGGAGGAGGAGGAGAAAAUUCCCCCAGAUUCGGGCAGGCCCGCACCCCACAUCCCGUCCUGUUUUGAGAGGAGGAGGGAAGAGAAAUAAACGUGGCAGCGCAUAGAAGGCCAGCAGGGAGACUGCUUUCCAGACACCUCCGGCCCACACAGCCGUUCACCCCCCGUCUUUUCAGUCCUGGAAAAGGAAUUCGGGCUUUCAUUGUCUAACGUCGACAGUCUAUAUUUCUGCUCUUCAGUCUGUCCUUAGGAUGAAGCUCUAACUGAACUGAAGUAAGGAGAAACAGCCUUGAAUCUUUGGAGGGUCUGUCUUCCUUUUGGGCUCUGUGCAACUGCAGCUACAGUGGAAAAAAGCAAACUGCUCUUGAUCCCAGAAGGUUGGUAUGUGCAUGGGCACCAUCUAGGGACCUUGGGGGUAGAGGGUGGGGCAUCAUAGCAGAAUCUGAGAUCUCUACUGUUUUUCCAGCUCUCUACCAGCUUUACCGAUGUCUGUACUGCCUCUCGUCCUUCCAUUUAGAUGCUGGAAGUUGUAGGCAUUGGCAGAGCAGGCUAAGGUUGAAGAUGUAGAAAACGUUAAACUAGGUCUGUGAAUCAGCAAACACAGGCCUUGACACCUGUGUCUGGGUGCUCGUUAGACACGAAGUGAGCCAGAGCCCUAAGCCUCAUUUUUAUCCUUUACCCCUAGGCCCUGCCUAAGCCUCAGCAGAACUUGUAAGCCUAAACUGAAGAGCCUCACCCGGACGAGCAGGCAUCCCUUAACCUUAAGCAAUCCAGUUCCACGCCCUGGAUCAGUGAAUAACCCCAGCUGCACCAUGAGCCGCGUUCGGGAUGCUGGCUGUGUAGCGGCGGGGAUAGUGAUAGGGGCUGGUGCCUGGUACUGUGUCUACAAAUACACCAGGGGGAGAGACCAGACCAAGAAGAGAAUGGUCAAGCCCAAAAACCGGGCUGUGGCUGGGACUGGAGCCAGGGCUAGAGCUGGGCUAAGAGCCGGAUUCACAAUCGACCUUGGGUCAGGAUUCAGUCCCCCAACCCCAGUCCGCGCUGAAGCAGAGGACAGGGCCCAGGAUGAAGCCUCUGCUCUGGACGCAGUUGGAGCUGAGGCAGUGGCCCCAGCUGCAUCCAGCGCUGAGGCUCAGAGUGGGGCAGGCAGUCAGGCCCAAGAGGCAGAUGGAGCCGGGGUUGGGCCUAAGGCCGAAUCAGCAGCUGGGGCUGCAAUGGCUUCUUCAAUAGCACCACCUCCCGGGGUGACAGAGUCCCUUGGGGCUGCAGAAGCCCCUGCAAUGGCAGGGGCUCCCAAAGUGGUAGAAGCUCCCAGAGAAGCGGAGACUUCCAGGGCAGCGGUGCCUCCUGGGACAGUGGUGCCUACCGAAGCGGCAGCACCCACUGAGGUGACCGAGGGUCCUGGGGUAGCAGCACCUACCAAGGUAGCUGAAGUUCCCGGGGUGGCAUCGCCUACCGAGGCAGCUGAGGCUCCUGUGCCCGCAACGCCUACUGGGGCUGCAGAGUCUCCUGGAACUUCUGGUUCCCCUAGAACAGCGGUGGUUCCUGGAACAUCAGCUGCCAAGAAAGCAACCCCUGGGGCUCACACUGGGGCUAUACCCAAAGCCACAUCAGCGACUGGAGCGGUACCCAAAGGUGGAGCCAAGGGUGUAACCAGGUCCCGGAAUGGGGGCAAGGGCAAGGGCAAGAAAAGCAAGGUUGAAGUAGACGAACUGGGGAUGGGCUUCCGUCCUGGAGAUGGGGUUGCAGCAGCUGCUGCAGCCUCUGCUAAUGGCGGACAGGCUUUCCUGGCAGAGGUCCCUGAUUCUGAGGAAGGGGAGUCCGGAUGGACUGACACAGAGUCAGAUUCAGACUCUGAGCCCGAGACCCAGCGCAGAGGGAGGGGAAGAAGACCCGUUGCCGUGCAGAAGCGCCCCUUUCCUUAUGAAAUUGAUGAGAUUCUGGGUGUCCGCGAUCUCAGGAAGGUCCUUGCCUUGCUUCAGAAAUCUGAUGAUCCUUUCAUCCAACAGGUAGCUUUGCUCACUCUGAGCAACAAUGCCAAUUAUUCAUGCAAUCAAGAGACAAUCCGCAAAUUGGGAGGCCUCCCAAUUAUUGCAAACAUGAUCAACAAAACUGAUCCACACAUUAAGGAAAAAGCCUUAAUGGCCAUGAAUAACCUGAGUGAGAAUUAUGAAAAUCAGGGCCGGCUUCAGGUGUACAUGAAUAAAGUGAUGGAUGAUAUCAUGGCCUCUAACCUGAACUCAGCAGUUCAAGUAGUUGGACUAAAAUUUCUAACAAACAUGACUAUUACUAAUGACUACCAGCACCUGCUUGUCAAUUCCAUUGCAAACUUUUUCCGUUUGCUAUCUCAGGGAGGUGGAAAAAUCAAGGUUGAGAUUUUGAAAAUCCUUUCGAAUUUUGCUGAAAAUCCAGAUAUGUUGAAGAAACUUCUCAGUACCCAAGUGCCAGCAUCAUUUAGUUCCCUCUAUAAUUCUUACGUGGAAUCAGAAAUCCUUAUUAAUGCCCUUACUCUAUUUGAGAUCAUCUAUGACAAUCUCAGAGCAGAAGUGUUUAACUAUAGAGAAUUCAAUAAAGGUUCCCUUUUUUACUUAUGCACUACAUCUGGAGUGUGUGUUAAGAAAAUUAGAGCCUUAGCAAAUCACCAUGACCUCUUAGUGAAAGUGAAAGUUAUAAAACUAGUGAACAAAUUCUGAUUGGUUAUGUACCGUCAAAAGACUUGAAGAAAUUUCAUGAUUUUGCAGUGUGGAAGCAUUGAAAAUUGAAAGUUACUGCUUUUCCACUUGCUCAUAUAGUAAAGGGAUCCUUUCAGCUGCCAGUGUUGAAUAAUGUAUCAUCCAGAGUGAUGUUAUCUGUGACAGUCACCAGCUUUAAGCUGAACCAUUUUAUGAAUACCAAAUAAAUAGACCUCUUGUACUGAAAACAUAUUUGUGACUUUAAUCGUGCUGCUUGGAUAGAAAUAUUUUUACUGGUUCUUCUGAAUUGACAGUAAACCUGUCCAUUAUGAAUGGCCUACUGUUCUAUUAUUUGUUUUGACUUGAAUUUAUCCACCAAAGACUUCAUUUGUGUAUCAUCAAUAAAGUUGUAUGUUUCAGCUGACAAAAA